UACCGCGUGGCACUUGGGAGACACAGAAAAAAAAAAGUCCAGGUUGGCUCGAGGAGGGGCCAGCGGGUCAGAUUUCCCCCCGUGACCCGCUGACGAUCAUCCUGUCCGGGCGCAGCCUGCGCGCAUGCGCCGAUCUACAAGCAGUAGCACUAGCACCUGUAGCACCGCUGAGCCCCAUCCGCAUGAUUCACAGAUCAGCGGCGAGCUCCAGCUAAAGCCUCCCUACUAUCUCAGCAUCCUUCCCAGCAAGAGAAAAGGGGGGAGAGAAAAAAAAAAAAGAGGAGAAGCUAAACAAGCAAAAGUUUUCGACAUGGAUGAAAAGGAGCUGUUUGUGUGACUUAAAAAAGAAAAAGAAAAACUUUCUUCGCGUGGUAGAAGAAUGAUAACAUAGCUAGCUAAAAGUCAACUUGUGUGUAUGUGUGUGUGUGUGAAAAGUUUUUUUAAAAAGCUGGGAUACAAACGGCUAUGGCGCGAGACAGCGAAGACCCCGAGAUGACCAAAGCUUCAAAAGUCAAACGACAGAGAAAGAAAAAGACCAAAGACAACAAAACCAGGACUGUCCACGCCAACAUACUGUAUGAUUACUCCAAGGGAGAGGAAAACCCGAACCGACACUAUGCAAACAACAAGAUUAAGACGACCAAAUACACUGUGCUGUCUUUCCUGCCCAAGAAUCUCUUUGAACAGUUUCAUAGGUUUGCUAAUGUUUACUUUGUCUUCAUCGCCCUGUUGAAUUUUGUCCCGGUUGUCAAUGCCUUCCAGCCAGAACUCGCUCUGGCUCCUGUCGUCUUCAUUUUGUCUGUCACUGCCAUCAAAGACUUAUGGGAGGACUACAGGAGACACAGGUCGGAUAAAGAAAUCAAUCACAUGGACUGUCUGGUCUACAGCAGAGUGGAGAGACGCUAUGUGGAGAAGUACUGGAAGGAGGUGCGGGUGGGAGACUUCAUCAGGCUGCGAUGUAACGAGAUCCUCCCCGCCGAUGUUCUGCUGCUGAGCUCCAGCGACCCUGACCGCCUUUGCCACAUCGAAACCGCCACACUGGACGGAGAGACCAACCUAAAGCAGAGGCAGGUCGUCCGCAGCUUCUUUGACCUGGAUUGUGAUUUUGACCCCUUAAAGUACAACGGCGUGAUCGAAUGUGAGAAGCCCAACAACGACCUGAACAGAUUCAGAGGCUACAUACUCCAUCGAAGUGGAAGAAGAGAUGCACUUUACAAAGAAAACCUGCUGCUGAGAGGCUGCACCAUCCGCAACACAGAAGAGGCCGUGGGAAUAGUCAUUUACGCAGGUCACGAGACCAAAGCCAUGCUAAACAACAACGGCCCGCGCUACAAGCGUAGUAAACUGGAGAGACAGAUGAAUGUAGACGUGUUCUGGUGUGUCAUCAUCCUGCUGGUCAUGUGCCUGUUCGCUGCUGUCGGUCAUGGGCUGUGGAUGUUUCAGUACGGAGAUAAGAGACCUGUGUUUGACGUUCUUAGUCCAGAGGGGACAGACUUAUCACCCAUCAUGUCCGCUAUUUAUCUCUUCCUCACUAUGAUCAUCGUCUUUCAGGUGCUGAUACCCAUCUCCCUUUUUGUGUCAAUUGAAAUUGUCAAGAUCUGCCAAGUGUACUUCAUCCAUCAGGACAUGGAGCUGUAUGACGAGGAGACAGACUCUCACCUGCAGUGCAGAGCUCUUAAUAUCACUGAGGAUCUUGGCCAGAUGCAAUACAUCUUUUCUGACAAGACAGGCACUCUGACGGAGAACAAGAUGGUGUUUCGCCGCUGCACCGUGGCAGGGGUGGAGUACUCCCAUGAUGCCAAUGCUAGAAGACUUGCUAUGUACCAGGAGAUGGAUUCAGAGGAAGAAGAGUGCACAUCACACGGUGGCACCCUGCCCAGGCGUGACAGUGUGACCAGCCACCAAAGUGCCCGGGUGGUGCUGCGCUCGCAGAGCACAAAGUCCCACCGCAGGACUGGCAGCAGGGCGGAGGCCAAGCGAGCCAGUAUCCUGUCUAAACACACGGCCUUCAGCAGCCCCAUGGAGAAAGAUAUCACCCCUGACCCUCAGCUCUUGGACAAAGUCAAUGAAUGCAGCAGUCAGAUGGACUUCAUGCGUUUCCACAGCCAGCCCAUGUCCCAGCUGCCCUCUGACCUCUCUGACAUUAUUGAUUUCUUUAUCGCGCUCACCAUCUGCAACACAGUUGUGGUUUCCUCCCCCAACCAGCCCAGGCACAAGGUCCGGAUGAGGUUUGAGCUGAAGUCCCCAGUUAAGACCAUCGAGGACUUCAUUAAACGUUUCACCCCCAGCCGACUGACCUCGGGCUCCAACAACAGCAGCUCCUCCAGCCUCAUCACCAACCGCUCGUCCAACAAGGGGUGCUCCAGCAUGUUGUCCUCCCCCUCUGCGGAGAGCACGCUCACCAAACUGGACGAGGAACGGCAACACGGAAGCCUGCCGCACGCCUUCGGCCCCGUCCCUCCGUACGGCUACGACGGGAAUGCGUGGAACCUGGAGGAGGGCGAGCUGCGCUACGAGGCCGAGUCCCCUGACGAGGCUGCGCUGGUCUACGCCGCCAAGGCCUACAAGUGCUCCCUCGUCGGACGCCUCCCCGACCAGGUGACCGUGGAGCUGCCACACUUGGGGAAGUUGAGCUUUGAGCUGCUGCACACACUGGGCUUCGACUCCACCAGGAAACGCAUGUCUGUGGUGGUGAGACACCCUUUGACGGAUCAGAUCACCGUGUACACUAAAGGAGCAGACUCCGUCAUCAUGGACCUCAUCAAACCCCCCGACACAGGAAACUCCAAAGGGAAACGCCAGAAAAAGAUCGUCAACCGGACCCAAAACUACCUGAACCUGUACGCUGCAGAUGGCCUUCGCACGCUGUGCAUUGCGAAAAAGAUUCUAAGCAAGGAGCAAUACGCCUGCUGGCUGCAGCAUCACCUGGAGGCUGAGACAGCCAUCCAGGGAAGAGAGGGGCUGCUGUUUGAAUCGGCCCUGCGACUGGAAACAAACCUACAGCUUCUGGGAGCGACAGGCAUCGAGGACAGGCUGCAGGACGGCGUGCCUGAAACCAUUGCUUCCCUGCGGAAGGCCGGCCUCCAGAUUUGGGUGCUGACGGGCGACAAACAGGAGACGGCCGUCAAUAUUGCGUACGCCUGCAAGCUGCUGGACCCUGAGGAGGAGAUCCUGACACUGAAUGCUGAUUCUCAGGAGGCGUGUGCGUUGUUGCUGGAGGAGAGUUUGCACUACAUCCAGGCCAAAUUCCUCUGCAGCUCUGCAGACCAAACUGCCAAGGCCUUCCACGGACACUUUGCACCCUUUGACAUCUAUCCCUCCUCAUCUCCAUCCUCGUCCUCCCACGCCGCUCCCUUCAUGGUGCACCGGCUGGGCCUGGUAAUUGAUGGUCGGACGUUGGCCUAUGCCCUCGAUAAGAGUUUGGAGGAUAAGUUUCUGGCUGUCGCACGGAGCUGCCGUUCGGUGCUCUGCUGCCGCUCCACGCCGCUGCAGAAGAGCAUGGUGGUCAAACUGGUGCGGAACAAGCUGAAGGUCAUGACUUUAGCCAUAGGUGAUGGGGCCAACGAUGUCAGCAUGAUCCAGGUAGCGGACGUGGGCGUGGGAAUCUCGGGACAGGAGGGAAUGCAGGCGGUGAUGGCGAGUGACUUUGCUCUCCCACGUUUCCGGUAUCUCCAGAAGCUCCUGCUGGUCCACGGACACUGGUGCUACUCCCGGCUGGCUAACAUGAUUCUCUAUUUCUUCUACAAGAACGCCAUGUUUGUAGCGCUCAUCUUCUGGUAUCAGUUCUACUGUGGAUUCUCAGGUUCAGCCAUGAUUGACCAGUGGUAUCUUAUCUUCUUCAACCUGAUGUUCUCUGCCUUCCCACAACUCAUCACUGGCACUCUGGACAAAGACGUGUCAGCAGAGACUCUCCAACAACUACCUCAGCUCUAUGUAAACGGCCAGAACUCAGAGGAAUAUAAGCCAUAUAUGUUCUGGAUGAACAUGAUUGAUGCCUUCUACCAAAGUCUGAUCUGCUUCUUCAUUCCUUACUUUGCCUAUGCUGACUCUGACGUGGAUCUGUUUACAUGGGGAACACCCAUCACCACCCUCGCUUUAUUCACCAUUCUGGUGCACUUGGGCAUCGAGACCAAAACCUGGACCUGGAUGAACUGGCUGUCUAUCGCCUUCAGUAUAGCCUUAUUCUUCACAGUGGCUCUGUGUUACAACGCCUCCUGUCCCACCUGCUACUCUCCCUCUAACCCGUACUGGACCAUGCAGAGGCUUCUGCAGGACCCCCUCUUCUACCUGCUCUGCGUCAUCACGCCUGUAGCAGCGCUGCUGCCAAGAUAUUUCUACAGGGCGUGUCAAGGCACGCUGUUUCCCAGCCCAGUCCAAGUUGGAAGACAGUUGGAUAAACUCCCCGCUGAAACCCGCAGGAACAUCCUCAGUCUCAGCAGGGUCAAGGUGGGGUCGCCGCUCAGCCCCAAGCCUCCCUUCCUGUCCCUCAAUAAGCCCUCCCCUAAAGGUUGCAAUAAAAAAGACCAGAGGAGCUUCCCCAGCUCCAAGACAUCACAGGGGCCUGUUUUACAAACAGAUAACCAGAGCAGGAGAAGCCCGCUGGGGCCUACAGACAGUGAGAAGGGCCUCUCGGAUAUCUACACAUUAGUUCCUUCAGAAAUAGACACUCUUCCUUACACCAAAGACGCCCCUCCGCUCUCGGAGGAGCCACAGCCUCCUUCCACCAAAGACUCUGAGUGUCCCGAUAAGACUUUAGAGACGUCUAAUCUGAGUCUCUCCAGCUGGAUCACCUCCACGCCUCUGCACACACAGACAGACAGCGUCCAGCUGAACCUCCCCCACAACGGAGACUCCCAGUGUGUCAAAUACACGAGGAACUCGGAGGAAAGACUCCAGUCUGACCACACCGUUCACCCAGCACAGAGGACAGAGCAGGUGGCAGAACAGUCGCUGCACACCACCUUGUGAUGUCUCACAGUCUUAAGUGUGUCACUCAAACAACAAUUUGCACGAUAGUUUUUUUUUAAAAAAAUCUAAUUUUAUUGUAUUUUUCAAGGAGAUUCUUUUAUAAGAGAUACAAAUAGGUACUUUAUAUUUUGGAUGUUUAAAGUUAAAGAUGUUUUUGAGGUUUGGGAGAUGGAAGAACUGGAAUAUCUUCCGUUUUAGUAAUCCUGGGAACUUUUUUUUUGAUAUCACAAAGAUGCAUCUCAGUAUACCUGAUCAGGUUUUAAUGUAAAGAAGAGCAGAGUAGAGACAUUCCACUGCUGGCUGAGUUCGUUUGGUACUCGUGUUCAUUCUUUCAGACCUUGAUCAGAAGCCACCGUGGCCUUGAAUCAGUGUUCCUGAGAGGAGAGGGUUUAUAUGUUUUUUUUAAAGUUCCCACACAAAUAUGUUUCAGUGCAGAUUCUCAAAGAGUUUUAUCUUUUCUUUUUUUUUUAAACGGUGGCAUCGGCUCACUGCACGUUUCAGUCUCGUUGCUGGAUUUGCGAAACGUUUGCGUGUUUAUAGCUGUUCUUUGUCGUACAGUACAUUCCACUGAAUAAUUAUGAGAGCUGUUGACUUUAUAAUCAUGCAUUAUGAGCAUUAACCAAGAAGUUUUAAUUUCAGUCUUUAUACAGAAUCUACCAGAAAUGAUGCUCUGUUUGAGUGUGUGUGUGUGUGUGUGUGUGUGUGUGUGUGUGUGUGUGUGUGUGUGUGUGUGUGUGUGUCCAUUGACUCAUUGGAUCUGUUUUUUCAGUGCCAACCAGUUUCACGUUAAAAGAAUAGUUUGUCCUUUUUGUAAAUGUAUUUGCUGCCUGAUACAACAUCUCGUGUCUGUAUCUGUUAAAUAUGAAGCUAAAGACCUCACGACCACCUCCAGCAUCUCUGAAGCAAUUAAUUUGAACUCCAGGAAGUCACUGCUCCCAACCAACAAACAAACAAAAGUGGUAUCAAUCACUGAAGCUGGACCCAGAAGAAAGUUAGCUUAGCUCAACAUAUAGAGUGGAAACAGAAGGAAACGGCUAGCCUGGCUAGCAGCUAGCUCUCUCCAAAGCUAACAAAAUCUGCCUAGCAACAGGCUCUAACGUUUUCUAUCUAGUUUGUUUAAUCCUGAAAACCGUCUUGUUGUCACUGUGAGGUUGCCAGGCAACCUGUGAAAACUCAAAAUCACUGCACUCGGCCAAGAAAAUUAUCCACAAAAUGUUUUCAUGUGACCACCAAGUUAAUUAGUGAGCUUUAGAGCUGUUAGCAGGCAGUUUUUUUUGUUGUUUUUUUUACCUUUUGGAAAGAGCCGAGCUUGCUGUUUGCCCCCUGGCUUCCAGUCUUUAUGCUAAGCUAAGAUAACGGUUGUCUGGAAACAGGCGGAAAACAGCUAACUUUCUCCAACUCUCCCUCUGUUUCCAGUCUGUAUGCUAAGCUAAGAUAGCUUUCUUCUAGCUCCAGCUUCAACCGUUAGCUUAGCUUAGCAUAAAGACUGGAAGCAGGGGGGAAAAAAAGCCAAGAAAAUAAUCCCUUUUAAUCCAGACGUUGUUUUUAGGUGUCUAUUUUCAGGUAUUAAACAAGUUAAACGUAAGUUUUAGAUGUGCUGAUAGGCUAUUUAGGUUGUCUUUAUGCUAAGCUAACCGUCUCCUAGCUGUAGCUUCAUAUUUCAAAUACAGCCAUGUGAGGUAUCAAUCUUCUCGUCUCACUCUCGGUAAGAAAGCAGAUGAGCUCAUUUUCCAAAAAUGUCAGAACUUUUCCUUUUAAGCACUGUUAAAUAGGGUUGACAACAAGCUACCAUCACGUUUCAUAAGCAAGUUUACUUGAAGGUCUUUUUUUUUUUUUUUUUUUUUUACAGUUUAUUUCAACCCAGUCAAAUUAGUUCUGCUGGUGCUCAACUGUAAACCAAAAGCUCAAUGGCGAAAGAAGGUGUUUCCCAAAUGUAAAUGAUGCGGCUUAAAGAUUUAAAUUUGCACUUUGAAAGCAUUAUUUUAGAACAGCCGUCGAGUGUUGUUGGUGCUCGGACACAGAAUGAAAAGGAUCAUGAUGUACUCGUCAUUAUGCAGAAACUCCGUAAAAGUAAGGAAAGUUGUUCAGUCGUUAAGCAUUUAAAGCAGCAGCACCUUUUUUAAUAUUUUAUGAUUGUUGUAUAUCUUGUUGCCAUUUUGUAAAGUGUAUCAUUUACCAAAGAUCAUUUAUAUUUCUGUAUUUUCUAAGCAAUAGUAUGUGCCUUAACACUGGAUAAGAAAUUACAAAUCUAAAGAGUUUGCUUACGAUGCUGAAUCUGUUAUUUGUUUAAAGAUGACGGUGCAUCUUCGUCUCGGUGUAGAUGAUAUUUAUGAGGCUACAUGCUAUGUGGUUUCUUUCCUCCUGUCUGUUUUUGCACACGGUGCCUUUUUCUGGCAUGUUGUUCACACUCUGACUCCGCAGUCUGUCCACUUUUGUUUCGUAGGUUCUGUCUGUUCUGUGCUUUCGGUGUCGCACUUUAAGUGUCAGAAUCAAGCUCGAGCGUAUUCGCUGCUGAACUCCAGCUUUACCCUCUUUUUUUUUUUUUUUUUUUUUUUACAAAUGCCUCACAGGAACGUUCGCCCUGUCCGCACACCGCCGUGAACAUAAUCCAAGCUAGAUUUGUUGGAGUAUUUUGGUUACACAGUAGUUUUAAGUUUAAAGUUUUAUAUUAUAGAUGUAGGGCGGAAAUGAUCUGCUGUUAAAUCACUGAGUUCAGUGUCAUUCAAGGUAUUAAUCUAGAUAUCUAACGGAGCCAAGAUCACUCAACAAGUUCUUGGUGUAGGGUUUAUAAAGAAAUGGGUGAUAGCCCCAACCCACAACACCAGCCUGGAAAAUAUGUUUUAAGUUUCGGUUCUUUGCCCUUCGAGUAAUUGGAAAUUACUUGCACCGUGGCUUCUUGUGAACAAAAUAAAAAUAAUAAAGUAUUUAUCCUUU